AUGUCUUUAGCUGCAGUUUUAUAUGAAAAGAAUUACUUAGCUUCAGAAGGGUUAAUUAAUUCUAAUGGAAGACGACAUUCCCGCGCAAUUGUUGGAAAUGUUCCUAGAAAAUUGAGUUAUAAUGAGGAAGUUAAUAAUACAGGAAGUGAAUGUUCUUUAGCAGAACAUUUAAAAUUAUCUUGUUAUCAACUUCAAAUAUUGCAACAGAGUUGGCCUCGAAUUAAAUCACAAGGCGCUUUAUUAACAGUUUUUCGGUAA